AUGCAUCCCGCGGCGGAAUCCGAGCUGCGAGGCCAAAACGCCGACGGCGUUGCGUUCCGCGCGAAACCGCACCACGUCCAUCGAACCUGGGCGAGGACCUUCUCCUCGAUCCCCGAGCUCUACAUCCAGCCAGAGACCCUCGCCGAGGUGGAAAAGGUUGUUUCUCUCGCCCAGACAUGUCGCCGGCGCAUCGUCACCACCGGCUGCGGCCACUCGCCCUCCGACAUCACCUGCACCUCCAGCUGGAUGGUCAACCUCGACCGCUUCAACAAGAUCCUUGCCGUCAGCACGGACACGGGCCUGGUGACCAUGGAGAGCGGCAUACGGCUGUACGCCCUGUGCGAGGAGCUGGAGCGUCACGGUCUUGCCAUGCCCAACUUGGGGAGCAUCAACCAGCAGUCCAUUGCCGGCGCCAUUUCGACGGGAACCCACGGGAGCAGUGUGCGCCAUGGCCUCAUGUCUGAAGAUGUGCAAUCUCUACGAAUCACACUGGCCAAUGGGACAACGAAACUCUGCUCUGCCGAGUCGAAUCCGGAGCUGUUUCGAGCCGCCCUCCUGUCUCUCGGCGCAUUGGGCAUCAUCACCGAGGUCACGCUUCGCGCGGUCCCCGCCUUCAAGCUCAAGUGGACGCAGACCAUCGACACCGACUACAAGCUGUUCAAGAGAUGGCCGCUCGACCUGUGGACGCAGAGCGAGUUUGUCAGGGUGUGGUGGUUCCCCUACACGAGACGCGCCGUCGUGUGGCAGGCAGACAAAACCGCGGAACCCGAGCAGGACCCCCCGGCGAGCUACUACGACGGAUCUCUGGGGUACUACGUCUACCACAACCUGCUCUACCUGGCGCAGUUUGCCCCCCGGAUCCUCCCCUGGGUCGAGUGGUUCGUCUUCGGCAUGCAGUACGGCUUCGCCAACGGGUCGGCCACGACGGCCGUCCAGCCGAGCCGAAGGGCGCUGCUGAUGAACUGCCUCUACUCACAGUUUGUGAACGAGUGGGCGAUCCCCCUGCACAGGGGGCCCGAGGCGCUGCGGCGACUCAGCUCCUGGCUGAACCGCCUCACGCCCGACGACCCGGACUACGUGGCGCACGGCAUCCCCUUCUCGGCCGACGGGCUGUACGUGCACGCCCCGGUCGAGGUGCGGGUGAGCGACACGAGCCUCACCUCCAACCUCCGUCCGUACCUGGACCCGACUGUCCCCGACGGCCCGACGCUGUACCUCAACGCCACCUUGUAUCGGCCGUACUGGCGGGACCCGCCGUGCCGCGACCGCUACUACCAGGCGUUUGAGUGGUUGAUGAGGGACAUGGGCGGCCGGCCGCACUGGGCCAAGAACUUUGAGACGUAUCGGCCUGAUAUCGAGACCAUGUAUGGCGAGAGCUUGGCGGCGUUUCGGAGGAUACGCGACGGCGUGGACCCGGAGGGCAUGUUUGUCGGCCCGUGGCACAGAGAACGCAUCAUGGCACCUCUCCCAGGGUCCAAGCUUCCGCUGGAAGAGGUGGAGGUUUCAAGGAGGAAGGCUGCUGGCGGCGGUCUCGUGAUGGAGGGGCUUGUUGGAGGGGGUUGA